AUGUUUGUCAAAUCGGCAGAAAGCAACGCAACAGCAACGUCACGUAUUUUACGGUAUGCAGUAUUGAAGGCGUAUCGAGAUUUAUUGAAGGCACAACGAGAAACAUUUUACGGUGAUAUCCUUACAUUACGAGCCGCACGAGAUAAAACCAGAGAAGAAUUUUUACGUAAUCGAAACUUGAAUGAAGAAUCUCAAAUUCAGGAGCAAAUUAAUCGGGCCACAGAAAUCGCCGAUACACUACGCAGGAAUGUCGUGCAAGCUGUUUCAGUAGAUCAAGAUAAAACACGAUUUCGAUUAAUGUUGAAUGAGAAUCAUGAAUUGGGUGAUAACAAUUCGCUCAAACGCUCACAAUCAUCUGCUUCUUUACAAAAAUCCACAUAA